CAGGUGGUAUCGUCAGGUUUGGUUGCCGCGGAUGAGUUGUGGGGCAUCACCCUUGGCAAGAUGGCGGUGGUCACCGGUUUUGGCGACUGCGAUUGUGACCGGAUUUAUUCGCGUGCCCGUCGCUGCUAGAAGCUUCUCAGCCGUCCAUCGGCCCUGACGCGGAGCAGACGAGUUCCGUGCGUUUAUCGGUCGAGUUGACUUCUUUUUGCAAUAAGCGCUGUUCCCGAGCGCUUCUCCCGCUGCCGUCCCAUCAUAUUUCCCUCUGUCUAAUAAAAUGGCAACCAUGGAGAAAUUGAUGAAGGCCUUCGAGUCACUAAAGUCAUUCCAGCAGGGUCCGUCCAGUGAGGAGCCAGGCCAGAAACUGAAGAAAGAAUCUGCCACAACGAAGAAAGACCGUGUAACUCACUGCCUAACUAUAUGUGAAAACAUUGUUGCGCAGUCUCUUAGAAACUCACCAGAAUUUCAGAAGUUAUUGGGGAUUGCUAUGGAAAUGUUUUUGUUGUGUUGUGAUGACGCAGAGUCUGAUGUCCGGAUGGUAGCAGAUGAAUGCUUAAAUAAGAUUAUUAAGCAGGCCUUAACUGACUCAAAUUUGCCUCGGUUACAACUGGAAUUGUAUAAAGAAAUUAAAAAGAAUGGCCCACCAAGGAGUUUACGGGCUGCACUUUGGAGAUUUGCUGAGCUGGCUCACCUUGUUCGUCCACAGAAGUGUAGGCCAUACCUUGUGAACCUGCUUCCCUGUCUGGCUCGGAUCAGCAAGCGAUCAGAAGAAUCCGUGCAGGAGACACUUGCUAGUGCUGUGCCAAAGAUCAUGAUGGCUUUGGGAAACUUUGCAAAUGAUAGUGAAAUCAAGAUGUUAUUGAAAACCUUCAUUGGGAACCUUAAAUCAAGUUCACCAACCAUUCGUAGGACUGCGGCCAGCUCUGCCGUGAGCAUCUGUCAACAUUCAAGAAAAACCCAGUACUUCUACACUUGGUUAUUGAAUGUACUUUUAGGUUUUAUGGUCCCUGUGGAAGAAGACCGACCCACUCCACUUAUUCUGGGAGUUAUGCUCACGUUGCGGUACCUGAUGCCUUUAUUGCGGCAGCAAGUGAAGGAUACCAGUUUACGAGGCAGCUUUGGUGUGACCCGGAAGGAGGCUGAAAUUUCUCCGUCCUUGGAGCAGCUCAUACAGGCUUACGAAUUGACACUACACUAUACCCAGCAUAGGGAUCACAAUGUGGUAACAGCAGCUUUGGAAAUGCUGCAGCAACUGUUCCGUACCCCUCCUCCUGAACUGCUCCGGGCCUUGACUACUUCUGGCAGUAUUACUAGAGUUAGCAUUGCUCGUGAUGACGUCUCAAACCGUGUUCGCAGCGGCAGCAUCGUGGAACUAAUAGCUGGAGGGGGUUCUUCAGGCAGUCCUCUUGUCCUCAGGAAGCAUAAAGGUAAAAUGGUUUCCGGAGAAGAGGAUGGACUUGAAGAUGAUCCGGAGACCCGAUCAGAGGUCAGCAUUGCUACUUUUCCAGGUUCAAUGAACAGUGAAGGAGCUGUUGAGGUUCCAUCGCCUUCAGGGGUUUCUAACCUGGAGUCAACAAGCCCAAUUCCAGAUACUGCUGGACAUGAUAUCAUUACUCAACAGCCUCGAUCUCAGCAUACAUUGCAGACUGCUGAGUCUGUCGAUCUCAAUAGUUCAGCGACAUCAGACUUGAUAGGUCUCGCAGUUGAAGGGGAGGUUGACGAGGCACUGAGCCAAAGUUCCAGCCAGAUCAGCACCAUUCAGUCAGACACUAACGUAGACCAGAACGAUAGGACCAAUCAGGCCAUAUCUCCACUCAGUGAGAGCUCGCAGACCACCGAGGGCCCAGAUUCAGCCGUGACCCCAUCCGACAGUUCUGAGCUUGUAAGUGUGCAGCGGGCUGAGGGGGGCUCCCAGUCCUCCACUGAGGGUCCUGACAUCUCUCACAGCUCCCCCAUGGAGGGCUCAGACUUGGAUACUACCACUUUCUCCACCAGUUCCUCAGCUAGUAGCAGUGACAAGGUACUUGACGGGACAGAUAGUCAGUAUUCAGCAAUGCAGAUUGGACAGCUUCAAGAUGAGGAGGAGGAUACAUCAAAUACUCCUGGAGAUGUGCUUCUAGACAGCUUCACAACUUCCACUCUUGCAGUAAACAAAUCUCAUUUGUUAAGUCACAUGGGCCACAGCCGGCAGUCCUCUGACAGCAGUGUUGAUCGUUUUGUCUCGAAGGAUGACUGCGUUGAGUCAGCAGAUCUUGAUACCAAGCCUUGCCGGGUAAAAGGAGACAUUGGUCAUUAUACAGAUGAGAAUGCUGCCCCUUUGGUCCAUUGUGUUCGUCUCCUUAGUGCAUCGUUUCUUUUAAUGGGACAGAAGAAUGGUCUUAUCCCUGACAGAGAAGUGAGGGUCAGUGUCAAAGCACUGGCAGUGAGUUGUGUUGGAGCGGCAAUUGGACUUCAUCCUGAGGCUUUCUUCAUUAAACUGUAUAGGACCCCACUUGAAGUUCUAGAGAGUCAAGAGGAGCAGUGCAUAUCGGAUAUUUUAAAAUAUGUCGACCAUGGAGAUCCACAGAUAAGAGGUGCCACUGCCCUUCUCUCUUCAACCUUCAUUCACUCGGUUCUGACCAAGACUCGGUUUAAUCCAGAAAAUUGGCUUGCCACAGUACGAGGCACAACAGGACAUGGCGUCUCGUUGGAGGAUUGUGUGCCUUUACUUCAGAAAACAUUGAAGGAUAAAUCAUCUGUAACCUGCAAACUGGCUUGUGCUGCAGUCCGGCACUGUAUCACAAGCCUCUGCAACAGCAGCUACAGCGAGCUGGGUUUGCAGCUCAUGAUUGACCUCUUGACCUUGAAGAAUAACUCUUACUGGCUAGUGAGGACGGAGCUAUUAGAAACUCUGGCUGAGGUGGACUUCAGGCUAGUCGGUUUCUUGGAGAGGAAAACAGUGGAACUUCAUAGGGGGCAACAUCACUACACUGGGAUGUUGAAGCUACAAGAGCGAGCUGUUAAUGAUGUCAUCAUCCACUUGCUUGGAGAUGAGGAUCCAAGGGUACGACACGUGGCAGCUACAACCCUCGUGAGGCUGAUACCUCGUCUCUUUUUUGAUUGUGACCAAGGACAGUCUGAUCCAGUAGUAGCUGUAGCCAGAGACCAAAGCAGUGCAUACCUGCAGCUUCUCAUGCAUGAGACUCAAUCUCCAUCUCACUUUGCAGUUAGCACUAUCACCAGGACAUACAGAGGAUUCAACAUUUCGCAGAGCACCACUGAUGUGACGAUAGAGAACAAUCUGUCCCGUGUCAUCACUGCAGUGUCUCAUGCAUUGACCUCGUCUACCUCCCGAGCCCUUAUACUUGGUUGCUGUGAAGCUUUGUCUUUGCUCUCCUUGAACUACUCUGUGUGUAACUGGAGCAUUGGUUGGCACUGUGGAUAUACGACCAGUGGUUCUCAAGCAUCCAGAGUCCAUUUGUACAAGAACAGGGGACGUUCGUUCAGUUUAUCACAGAACAGUCCAACGGAUGAACUGCGUAAAAGUUGUACUGUGGGGAUGGUCAAUAUGAUACUGUCUCUGCUUUCCUCAGCCUGGUUUCCUUUGGAUCUUUCUUCACAUCAGGAUGCCUUAAUAUUGUCUGGAAACCUGCUGGCAGCUAUUGCACCCAAAUCACUGAAGAAUCCGUGGGGCAAUGAGGAUGAUAGUACAACCACCAAACCUGAAGAGCCAUGGCCUGCCUUGGCUGACAGAACUUUGGUUGUGAUGGUGGAACAGCUAUUCUCUCACCUGAUGAAGGUCAUCAAUAUCUGUGCACAUGUCAUCGAUGAUGUUGCACCGGGGCCUGCGAUGAAGGCAACUCUCCCUUCACUUGCCAAUACGCCGUCCCUCAGCCCGAUCAGACGCAAGGGAAAGGAGAGGGAGUCAGCAGAGCAGGCAACUGCACCAAUGAGUCCAAAGAAAAUUACUGAAUCCAACCCAGCUGCCAGGCCUACAGAUGCUGUUGGAGCUGCACCAACAAGCAAGUCCACCUCGCUUGGCAGUUUUUAUCACCUGCCUCCGUAUCUGAAGCUGCAUGACGUCUUGAAGGCAACGUAUGCAAACUACAAGGUUACUCUGGACCUUCAGAACAAUAAUGAGAAGUUUGGCAGCUUCUUGCGAGGGGCUUUGGAUGUUUUAUCUCAGCUUCUUGAAAUUGCAACAUUGCCGGACAUUGGGAAGUGUGUGGAAGAGAUCCUUGGCUACUUGAAGUCCUGUUUUUGCAGGGAACCAAUGGCAGCCACUGUUUGUGUACAGCAGUUGUUGAAGACGCUGUUUGGAACAAAUCUAGCAUCGCAAUAUGAUGGCUCUUCUUCCAAUCCCAACAAAUCUCAAGGAAAGGUGCAGCGCUUGGGCUCUUCCAAUUUGCGGCCAGGUCUAUACCACUACUGUUUCAUGGCACCAUAUACCCACUUCACCCAGGCGCUAGCUGAUGCCAGUCUAAGGAACAUGGUCCAAGCUGAACCUGAGCAGGACACAUCUGGAUGGUUUGAUGUGCUGCAGAAAGUUUCUUCACAACUAAAGGUCAACCUGACAAAUGUAACCAGGCAUCGAGCUGAUAAGGAAUCCAUUUGGCAUUCUGUUGAUGUUCUCCAUAACGCCAUACACAACUACAUCCGACUCUUUGAGCCUUUGGUCAUCAAGGCCUUGAAGCAGUACACCACAACUACUUCAGUCCAUCUGCAGAGACAAGUGCUUGACUUGUUGGCUCAGCUGGUACAACUCAGGGUGAACUACUGUCUACUUGAUUCUGAUCAGGUAUUCAUUGGGUUUGUUCUGAAGCAGUUUGAAUACAUUGAGGUGGGCCAGUUUAGGGAAUCCGAGGCCAUCAUUCCAAACAUAUUUUUCUUCCUGGUAUUGCUGUCAUAUGAGCGCUAUCACUCCAAGCCAAUCAUUGGAAUUCCCAAAAUUAUCCAACUGUGUGAUGGGAUCAUGGCCAGUGGCCGGAAAGCUGUUACGCAUGCAAUCCCGGCACUGCAGCCUAUAGUUCACGAUCUGUUUGUUCUGCGAGGGACCAAUAAAGCUGAUGCUGGCAAGGAACUGGAUACACAGAAAGAAGUGGUGGUUUCUAUGUUGCUGAGACUCAUCCAAUACCACCAGAUUUGCAAUAAACAUCUUGAAAUGGUCCUGGAGAUGUUAAUUCUGGUGUUGCAACAGUGUCACAAGGAGAAUGAAGAUAAGUGGAAGCGUCUUUCUCGUCAGAUAGCUGACAUGAUUCUACCGUUGCUGGCUAAACAACAGAUGCACCUUGAUUCACAUGAAGCCUUAGGUGUGCUGAAUACACUCUUUGAGACAGUGGCACCUUCAUCACUGCGACCUGUUGACAUGUUGUUGAAGAGUAUGUUUGCUAUGCCGUGCACCCUGGCAUCAGUUGGAACAGUUCAGCUUUGGAUAUCCGGUAUCCUAGCUAUCCUGCGGGUCCUCAUUUCUCAGUCGACUGAGGAUAUUGUUCUGUCACGGGUUCAAGAAUUGGCCUUGUCUCCUUAUUUGAUUUCCUGCCAGAACAUAGCCUUGCUGAGGGACCGAGGGAAUCAGACUGUCCCACCAGAGGAACAGAAUGAAGAGGCACAGAGUAAACAUCUCCCAGAAGAAACAUUUGCCAGGUUCCUGUUGCAGAUGGUGGGGAUCCUCCUUGAGGACAUUGUAAAUAAGCAGUUGAAGGUGGACAUGAGCGAACAGCAGCACUCCUUUUAUUGUCAGCAGAUUGGCACUCUGCUUAUGUGCCUCAUACACAUCUUCAAAUCAGGGAUGUUUAGAAGAAUCACAGCAGCUGCCACUAGAUUGAUUGUGGGGAAUGGCUUUGAUGGAAGCUUUUACACAUUGGAAAGUUUGAAUGCCUUGGUUCAGUCCAUAAUUCCCACUCACCCAUCUUUAGUACUGCUUUGGUGCCAAAUCCUACUGCUUGUGAACUACACAAACUACAGCUGGUGGUCAGAGGUGCAUCAGACCCCAAAGAGGCACAGCUUGUCGAGCACUAAGUUGCUGAGUCCUCAGAUAUCUGAAAAUGAAGAUUCAAAAUCUGUAUCUAAGUUGGGUGUGUGCAAUAGGGAAAUAGUUCGAAGAGGAGCCCUCAUUCUUUUCUGUGAUUAUGUGUGUCAGAACCUUCAUGAUUCUGAACACCUGACUUGGCUGAUAGUCAAUCAUGUUCAAGAUCUCAUCAAUCUUUCUCAUGAACCACCAGUGCAAGAUUUUAUCAGUGCUGUUCAUCGUAACUCUGCUGCCAGUGGGCUUUUCAUUCAGGCUAUCCAGUCCCGAUGUGACAAUCUUGCAACACCAACCAUGUUAAAGAAGACCCUGCAAUGCUUGGAGGGGAUCCAUCUCAGCCAGUCGGGGGCGGUCUUGAUGCUGUACAUUGAUAAACUGAUAAGCACACCAUUCCGAGUACUGGCACGGAUGGUGGACACUCUGGCUUGCCGACGAGUUGAGAUGCUUUUGGCAGAAAGUUUGCAGAAUAGUGUUGCCCAAGUGCCACGUGAAGAGUUGGAAAGGCUUCAGCGUUAUCUACAGACAACUUGUCUUGCUCAAAGACACCAAAGAUUGUACUCCCUGCUGGACAGGUUUCGUAUAACAGUUGCUGCAGACACAGUCAGCCCUUCACCAAUCGUGACCUCUCACCCACUGGAUGGAGACAAGCUGUCCUGUAUAGAAUCUAUCACUGUGGACAAAGACUGGUAUAUCUCACUUGUUAAAUGGCAGUGCUGCAGCAAGUUAAAUACUGCUUUAAUGGAGUGCACUGAAUUACUUGAUAAACUUCCUGAAGAUGACCUCCACUCUGUCAUGACAGCUAAGGAGUUCAACCUGAACCUUCUGAAGCCCUGCUUGGCGUUUGGUUUGCGUGCAAUCUCUGCAGAUCAGACUAGUGUGCUUUUUGAAACUGCCAGACAAAUCACCUUGGACCAGGUGGCAUUCCAUGUCCAGCAUCUUCCUGACAACCAUCGGGUGUUCCAAAGGUUGUGUCCAUCACCCAAUUCCUCUUACUGGAGUAAGAUUGGUGAGCUUUAUGGGGAUAUGCAGUUCUAUCAUUCUGUUAUUAGUCUGUGCAAUGCACUGGCUCAAUACCUUCUCUCUCUUCCCAAACUGCUACCGUCUCUUCAGAUUCCCACUGAAAAAGAGGCUGAUAUUGCCAGCUUCAUGGUAUUGUCCCUUGAGGCACUGUGCUGGCAGUUGAUGCAUGAUCAGGUUCCAUUAAGUCUGGAUUUACAAGCUGCUCUGGAUUGUUGUUGCUUAGUUCUGCAGCAACCUGACAUUUGGAAUCUGCUGGCCUCGGUGGCCUAUGUAACUCAAGCCUGCUCGGUUAUCAACUGCAUCCGGUUCAUCAUCGAAGCAAUGGCAGUUGAGCCAGGAGAGCAGCUACUUUUGCAUGAGGAGAGGAGAAAGUCAAAUUCUGACGAAAGUACAGUUAUGGAUGAAGAGAGUGAGGAUAUGUUUGACCGACCCAAGUGCAUUACGAAGGCCUGUGAUGUGAUGACUGAAAUGGUGGAGUGUCUCCAGACAGUACUGUGCUUCGGACAUUCCAACAACGCACGAAUCCCAGCAUUCCUGAAUCCAACUCUUAGGAAUAUUGGUAUUAGCUUAGCCAGACUGCCUCUGGUCAACGGCUAUACCCGUACCCCUCCGUUGGUGUGGAAGUUGGGAUGGUCACCACAAACUGGGGGUGAAUUUGGUACAACUCUUCCUGAAAUUCCAGUUGAGUUUCUUCAGGAGAAAGAAGUCUUCAAAGAGUUCAUCUACAGGAUAAACGUUCUUGGGUGGACAAGCCGCACUCAGUUUGAGGAAACUUGGGCAACUCUUCUUGGUGUGCUUGUGACUCAACCACUAGCAAUGGACCAGGAGGAGGAAGUUCCACAAGAGGAGGACACGGAGAGGACCCAGAUUAAUAUACUUGCAGUGCAAGCAAUAACCUCCUUAGUGCUAAGUGCUAUGUCAAUUCCAGUGGCAGGGAAUCCAGCCACCAGCUGUCUUGAACAUCAGCCUCGUAAUAAAGCUCUGAAGGCUCUGGACACGAGGUUUGGGAGAAAAUUAAGUGUCAUUCGAGGAAUAGUGGAGCAGGAAAUCCAAGCAAUGGUAUCCAAAAGGGACAACAUAGCAACACACUACCCUUAUCAGGCGUGGGAUCCUGUUCCAUCCCUCUCCCAUUCAACAUCUGGUGUCCUGAUAAGCCAUGACAAGCUUUUACUGCAGAUAAACACAGAACGGGAAAUGGGGAACAUGGAUUAUAAACUGGGGCAGGUCUCCAUUCAUUCUGUUUGGCUGGGUAACAAUAUAACCCCUUUGAGAGAAGAGGAAUGGGAUGAAGAUGAGGAAGAUGAAAGUGAUGUGCCUGCUCCAUCUUCACCUCCAACCUCUCCAAUUAACUCCAGGAAACAUCGAGCUGGAGUUGACAUUCAUUCAUGCUCUCAAUUCUUGUUGGAACUCUACAGUCAGUGGGUUCUUCCCACAAACACUGGCAAGAAAACCCCCGUCAUCCUGGUCAGUGAGGUCGUAAAAUCGCUUUUGGCAGUCUCUGAUUUGUUUACCGAGAGAACCCAAUUUGAGAUGAUGUACAGCACUUUGACAGAACUUCAGAAAAUUCAUCCUGCAGAAGAUGAGAUUCUGAAUCAAUAUCUGGUUCCUGCUAUUUGCAAAGCAGCAGCUGUUCUGGGCAUGGACAAGGCCAUAGCAGAACCAAUAAGUCGUCUGUUGGAGACAACGAUGCGGAGUACCCACAUGCCAUCCCGAAUAGGAGCACUGCAUGGAAUCCUGUACAUCCUAGAGUGUGAUCUACUGGAUGAGACAGCAAAGCAACUCAUUCCAACCAUUACUGUUUACCUGCUGGCCAACCUGCGUGGCAUUGCACACUGUGUCAACAUUCACAACCAACAACAUGUGUUGGUGAUGUGUGCAACAGCCUUUUAUCUCAUCGAAAACUACCCGCUUGAUGUGGGCCAUGAAUUUACUGCAGGCAUCAUUCAGAAUUCCUUUGGAUUUUCCUUCACCCAGUUAAAGACUAUCUAAUUAUUGCUCCUUGACAUUACUGAAUCCUUCGCUAUCAACAUCACGGGGAGUUACCAUUGACCGGAAACUGAACUGGACUCACUAUAUAAAUACAAUGGCUACCAGAGCAGAUCAGAGG